AUGCUGUCUCGAGCGCUCAGGCGGCUUCAAAGAGAAGCUGAAAAUAUCGAAAAUGACGAGUCUCUUGCCAAACAAAUGAAAAUCCUCAAUAAAGAUGACCAAGACAUGAUAUGGAGAGUUUCUUUCAAUGGGCCUGAACACAGCUUAUAUGAGGGAGAAGAGUUCGUACUCCAAUUUACGUUUGAGCAAAACUACCCAAUUGAAGCUCCUGAAGUUGUAUUUGUAGGUAAGCCUCCCAUUCAUGAACAUGUGUAUUCCAAUGGCUUCAUUUGCUUAUCAAUUCUUUAUACAGGAUGGAAGCCAAGCAUGACGGUAGCAAGCACAGUUCUGAGUAUUGUAUCUAUGCUUGCAAGUGCUGAGAAAAAAAAGAAACCAAAAAACGAUAAAGAGAUGAUCCGAACAACAAAAGGGGAAAGAGCAAAGGAUCAAGAAUGAAUUUUUGAGGAUGAUACCUGCUAA